UAUGAACAAGGAAAGAUCAACUCUACUUUGGUCUUACAAGACGCCCGAUAAACUUUUAACUGUUAAAUUAGGCGAAAAUCCAGUAGAGUCUGUUAAAAAAUUCAUAGUUAAUAAUUUAACUAUCCAGACCAACUACGAACUAGUUAGUAUUGGAGCUGCUAUAACCAAAUUUAUGCCUUUCACUGCUAUUCCUCCUCACGCACUCUCCUAUAGUGUCCUUCUCAUUCUACCAACAAAAAAUACUUGUCUAACAAUUUGGAUGGAACAGGAAAAAGUUCAAGAAUUUGAAAUUCAUCUUCUCAAAACUGUUUUCAAUUUGAAGAAGAAACUAGCCGAAGUAACUGGAUGGCCAAUUCAUCUAAUUGAUUUCACUGUACGAGGAGAUGUUCUUGAAAAUUCAGCGCAACUAAUCAAUUUACGUUUGGACGACAAAAUACAAUUGACUCUUCAACCUUCUCCACAUUUCUUUAUAAACAUUGAAACAUUUUGGGGGAAAACAUACGAAAUUGAAAUAAACCAAUUAACAACGGCCAGACAAUUGAUCAAAUCAACUUUGAUACAAACAUUAACAGAUGAUGUACGAUUUAACUAUAAAAUGUAUUUACCCAAUGAAAAAUCAUUUAAGCACUUGAUAAUGAUUAAAUUUAACGGAAUCUUGUUAAAAUACGACGAAUGCUUGAAUAAAUAUAGGAUUAAAGUUGGUGACCGUAUAAAGCUGUUAACAACAGGCCAAGAAAGAUGCGAAGAGAAUAUUCAAGUUCAUUUAACUAUUUUAAAUGGUAAUUUAUUCCAAUUGCUUUUGGCAAAAUACGAUAAUUGGUUUAUUGCCUAUUUAAAGCUAUUAAGUAAUUCUGAAAUUUACGUAAAUAGCAUAAAGAUACGUUUGAAUGGAAAUUAUGUCAAUUGGGAAGAGCCAAUUCUUUCUUCCUCCAUAGAUACUUCUAAUAAAAUUAUUAUUAAAGCAAAUGUUGACACGAUUAACGAAUCUGUAAAGAAAUCGUCUACUGAAUGUCUUCAAUUAGCUGUUAGAGCGCCAUCUGGGGUCAUUCACCAUGUUCAAGUUGAUAAAACUGCAAAGAUAAGGGACGUUAGAAGAAAGUUAAAAGAAGAGAAAUGUAUGGAAAAUCUUAAACAUAUGAAAUUUUCGUACGAUUAUCAAGUUUUACCUUCGAAUUAUUCGCUCAAUGAUUUAUCGUCAAAUGAUGAAAUCUAUUUGGAAUUAAAGUUCAAAUCGUUACCAAUUAUCGUAAAAACCAAGACGAAUUCAAGCAUUUGCUUUAAUCUACCUAUUAAUACGAGUUUAAGAGAGAUUAUUGAAAAGGUUAAGCCCGGUCGAAAUAAUAUAGGAAUUAUGAUGGGAGGAGAAUAUCUGAAAGAGAAAGAAGGUUCUCUCCUAACAGACUACGGUUUAUACGUCAAUAGUUGUAUUUGGUUGCGUAAUAUUGAAUUUGAACAAAUAAUGUAUCUAUCAUCUGAAAAUAGUCAACAAAUACCUCUGACAAUCAGAACUGACGGUGUUGAUUCGACUCAACUGCAAGAAUUACAUCUUUCGCCCGGUAGUAGAAUAUCUUUACAGCUUUUCAUCAAUUGGAGGUACAAGAAGCAACUUCAAUUUCGUUCUGAUAAGAUAAUUAUUACUAGUUGGCAUAAGAAAGGUUCAAAACCGGAUUUAAUCUUAGCCGAAGAUAAUAGUCGUUUAUUAAACAAUGGAAAAACUGGAAAAAGUAUUAAAUUUCAAGAUAAUCAUGAAGAUAACCGUGGAAAAGUCAAUGAUAGAAUAAAAUUAGACAAAUAUUCUUUACAACCAUCAACAUCGUUAGAAUAUAGGCGACUAAAACAGCAAACCUUGUUAAAGAAUCGUCUAUUCGAGAGUUUUACCGUUGAUAGGAAGAAGAAUGAUUAUAAAAGUAAUUUCUGGUCGAGCGAUGAACUAAGACGAUUAGUUAGAACUCCUAGUCUUAAAUUAUCCGUUUCAUAUGAAAAUCAAUCGAAAUUCAAGAUUUGA